AAAUAAAAAUAUUUUUAUUAUUAGAAAACAAAUAAUUCAAUUAAUAAUGAAUCAAUUAUUUAUAUUUAUCGCCACUUUAUUGGUAUGUCUGCAGAGCGUAUUUUGCGAUACACCGGCCAACUGUACCUAUGAAGACAUACGUGGGGUUUGGCUGUUGUCUGAAUCGGACCGAUCGGCAGAAAGGACAGAGAAGUGUGACGGCACUCAACGAUCACUCUAUAAGGUCAAGAUUGAACUCCAGUACCCAAACAUAGCGGUGGAUGAGUUUGGCAAUAAAGGCACAUGGACUCUCAUCUAUAACCAGGGUUUCGAAGUGAUUGUUAAUAAUCGAAAAUAUUUUGCUUUCUCCGACUAUAAACAAGAGGGUAGUCGUGUGACCAGUAUUUGUGACCGAACCAAACCCGGUUGGUCUCAUGAUGUACUCGGACGCAACUGGGCCUGUAUUGUAGGUCAAAAACAGGGCAAACCUAUACGUAAAGAGUAUGUUAUUACUGGAGAACCAGAUCUAACAGAAAAAGUUUUCCAACAAAAUUCCGAUGCAAUUGAAACCAUAAACUCAAUGCAAUCUCUAUGGACUGCCAAACACUACACACAAUUUGAAGGAAAGUCAUGGCAAUACAUGGACCGUAUGAGUGGUGGACCAAAAUCUAGAUUUAUUGGUCGACCAUCGCCGGCACCGGUUACUGAUGAAGAUUUGGAUGCCAUUAGCCAACUACCCGAACAGUUUGAUUGGCGUAACGUUAGUGGCGUUAACUAUGUAUCACAAGUUAGAAAUCAAGGUGGUUGCGGUAGUUGCUAUGUAUUUGCUUCGUUGGCUAUGCUAGAGUCGCGCAUACGUAUUGCCACCAAAAAUACUGAACAAUUGGUUUUAUCGCCGCAAGACGUGGUCAGCUGUUCCGAGUACUCGCAGGGAUGUGCCGGUGGUUUUGCAUAUUUGAUAGCUGGAAAGUAUGCCCAAGACUUUGGUGUUACACUCGAACAAAAUUAUCCAUAUGUUGGCCAAGACUCGGACUGUAAGCCCAGUAAACUGGGAAACAGGUAUUAUACGGCUAACUAUAGCUAUGUUGGCGACUAUUACGGUGGUAGCAAUGAGGCUCGUAUGUUGGUAUCACUGGUCAAUAAUGGACCGGUAGCUGUUGGCUUUCAAGUGGAAAGUGAUUUUCGGUCGUAUCAUAAAGGUAUCUAUAAGCACACUAAGGUAUCGGUCGACAAUAGUCUGGUCAGAUAUAACCCGUUCUUUGAGGUCAAUCACGCCGUACUGUUGGUGGGCUAUGGUGUUGACAAAGAAACAAAUACCAAGUAUUGGAUUGUGAAAAACAGUUGGGGCGACAAUUGGGGUGAAAAUGGCUACUUUAGGAUAGUCCGCGGCAGUAAUGAAGUCGGCAUUGAAAGUAUUGUUUUUGAGGCAACACCUAUACCUAAUUAG